AUGAUCCCAAUAAUAGCCAUUGGUGCUGCUUACGGAACUGCAAAAGCUGGAAUUGGAAUCGCUGGUGCUGGAACUUUUAGACCUGAACUUAUUAUGAAGUCACUUCUACCUGUGGUUAUGGCUGGUAUUAUUGCUGUUUAUGGACUUGUUAUAUCUGUUUUAAUAUGUGGAUCAAUGGACCCAAAUAAACCAUAUUCAUUAUUUACUGGCUUUAUUCACCUUGGUUCAGGUCUUACAGUAGGCCUUGCAGGUUUAGGAGCAGGCUAUUCAAUAGGAAUUGUUGGUGAUGCAUUCGUUAGAGCUUAUGUACAGCAAACUAGACUUUUUGUUACAAUGGUUCUGAUGUUAAUUUUUGCCGAAGUAUUGGGUCUUUAUGGGCUAAUUGUUGGUUUGAUCCUUAAUACUAAAGCUACUAGCGAUUGUUAG